CCUGGCCUGACCUGAGAGACAUGAGCAAAGGCCUAAGAAGAAUAGCAAGAAAGCACUACUUACUUAUAGCUGAAAGCAGGCGCUGAGCCCCUGACUAAGCUAUACUGGUGUAUUCUGCUAUUCUGCUAGAAUGUUUUUGUAGUUAAACAGUGUUGUAUAUGUGUGAAAAAAAUAUAGUGAGGUAUGUGACAGUUUGAUAACUAUUUUAGAAACAUGUUUUCCAAUCAUUUUGGCCGUAAUAUUUGCCGAAUCAACAAUGGGGAUGUUAAAAUUAGAAGAAUGUUCGUAACAGCUGAACGUUUCAAAGGAACUUUCGUUGAAAACUGGAUUAACUAUUGGAAAAACCUUUACACCGAUUACAAAGAAGUAGCUCUAGACAUUGUCAAAGAAUGCAGGGAACGUCCUAUUAAGGCCUCAAUCUAUGCAACAAUCGCAGGAGGAUCUUAUUACUGUGCAAAGCAUAAUCCCGAUGAAGUAUCUUUUCGGGAACAAUUAAUUAGCAGUAGUUUGAAGAUAGGACUAGUUGGAGAACCAAUAAGAAACCCAGUAAGUGUCUUCUAUACCAAAUGGCUCGAGCAAUGUUACAAUGAAGGAAUCAUCCGUCGCUUAAACUUAGGAGUCAUAUCUUUUGUAUGGUUAGAUAACUAUGACAAAGGUUGUGCACUUUACAAGACUGUGUGUCCUUACCUCAAGCCCAGAUACGUUACUUUUUAUCAGAGAAUAGUCGAUGUUGGCUUCUUGGACAAUUGGUGGAUAUUGGAGAAUAGUAUGACUGACUAUGAUGUAAAUGAUUCUGGGACCUAUGACAAACUGUUAGCUUAAAAUAAAAUGUUUAUUUGUUAAGAAUAAUGUUGUUAAUAGAUUCAAAACAAUUAUUUUUUCAAAAAAUAUUUGGAAAUUUUUUGGAAAAUAAAGUAUACAGUGAGCCGAUUUAUAUAAACUGUAAGUUAAUUAAUUUUAAAAACUCAAGUUCUCAUGAGCUUUAUUUUACAUCGUUCCUGACACUUCCACGUCAAGAUAUCAAUGCAAUACUCAUAAUUAUUGCCCAUCAACGGUAUUAGUGAAAGGAAAAUAAAGCCAGACAAUU